UGCAUCGUACGUACCCAAGGCAGGUACUAUCUCGUAUAUAUCACGCUCACACAAUGACGGGAUAUAUAGAUUGUCGUAUAUUUCCGAAGUUAAAGUUUGGGUCUUGUAAGAUAGAUUAGGUACCUUAGCUAUUUGCCUAAUAGCACUGAAGACAGGCGUCUUUUCGUGAUAUUUUGCCUUCUAGACGGGCUUAAUGUCUAAGCGCAACUUACUACUCCUGUAAAGAAGAUAGGGGAUAAGUUCGAAGUACUGCGAGUGUUUAACCUAGAGGGCGAUGGGACCAGGUGCCCCGAUACAGAACAACCACGGGGUUGAGUUGCCUUCGGGGUAUGAAAUCCGAUUAAUAACGCCCGAUCUUGCCGACUCGAUCUCGGCCUUGAGUUUUUUUACUCAUUAUUUCGACUCGCCGAUCUGGAGCGCCAUAUACGAAGGACACCAGGCAAGAAGAGCGUUAAAGGCAUAUCAUGCCUGUAAGCCUUUCUAUGAGAUGCCGGAGAUGGCAGCGAGGAAUGGUCUUUCAUUCUGUAUCUGGGAUAAGGAAUUUAUAUUUAAGAGACCUGAAUCAGCUGUUAAUGGUGGUGCUUGUUAUUGGGACGACUUUGAUAUCGACGAUCCUGAUCUGGAGGUUAAUGGGCGGCAAAAACUACUUGACGCGUUAGAUUUUCCAAUCAUUGGGUUUGGAUUAUCUUUCGACAAAUUCAACCCGGGAGAUCCUAAGGGAUGGGAAGCUGCAUUAAAGGCCGCACCUCUUAAUGGGCAUAUGGAGAAAUAUUAUGAGACACACGACCCGCGGCGGAAAGGAUCAUGGGAGCCGACGGCGGCCGGGCAAGUAAUCGAGCGGGUUGGCAGCGGAACGAGACCCGGAUAUGAUGGUAAAGGGUUCAUGCGAGAGCUAUCGAAAUUCGUAAUGCUGGAAAUGAAGUCCAGAGGAUAUCGAGCAAUACAGGUCAACUGCGGAGCACCGCAGAUGCAUCGGAUCUGGUCCAAUCCACCGAAACCGUUUAGGAGUUCUACGUUGGUGACAUUUCCCACUUGGAUCUUUGAGAUUGAAGAAGAUGGCAAGAGGAUUCGGCCGUACGAGAAGUCCAAGUUGUCCAAUUUGUAUCUCGUGUGGACGGAGCUGUUUGAAUCAUUGAAUGAGCCAUGAGAUGCGUAAACUCGCUCGUUAGGCCGUUUGAUAUUCGGGGACUAAUCCGAAGGGGUUUCUAUUCGUAUUGUGUAUGGCAAUAUGUGUCUCGUCUUGGUGAUGAGUAGAUUGCCUAGGCUUUCUACGAUAUGGUAAUAGUCAGUUUUUUUUCUCUUUUUUUUUGUUCAAAUCUUUGCCUUGAAUAUGAAAUCUUAAGGUGAACCGGAUUGAGUGAAGAGAUUGUGUAAGGCAGUAAGUAUUAUGAGAAUAUCCACAACGUAAGAAAAAUUAGUAGCACCAAUUUCGUGUUACCUACAUGAAACAUCCAUGAAUGACGUUACCAAUGGG